AUGGGUAGUUCUUGGUGGCAAUGCACUGCAUGUUUGAGAGCACAGGAAGAAGACAUUUGUGAAUUACAACUUAAUCAUUGCAAUCUUUAUGAUGUACCACCAGAUGUGUUCAUUUAUGAGAGGACACUGGAAAUGCUUUAUCUUGAUGCCAAUAGAAUAAAGGAUUUACCGAGGCCAUUAUUUCAGUGUCAUGAAUUACGCGUAUUGUCAUUAAGCGACAAUGAAAUUACAACAUUACCACCCGCCAUAGCGUCACUCAUUAAUCUUGAGAGUUUAGAUCUCAGUAAAAAUAGUAUAAAAGAAUUACCAGAUAAUAUAAAGGAAUGUAAAAAUUUACGUUCAAUAGACUUGAGUGUAAAUCCAUUCGAGCGUUUUCCCGAAGCAAUAACACACAUAACAGGCUUACGUGAAUUAUAUAUAAAUGACGCUUAUAUUGAGUACUUACCAGCAAAUUUUGGACGGCUAUCAGCUCUAAAAACUCUUGAGCUUAGAGAAAACAACAUGAUGACACUACCAAAAUCGAUGAGCCGUCUGGUGAAUCUUCAGCGUCUGGAUAUCGGGAACAAUGACUUUACAGAAUUACCUGAGGUGGUUGGCGAUCUGACAAAUUUAACCGAGUUGUGGAUUGACGGGAAUGACAUCCGGCGUAUUCCAGCUAACAUCGAGCAAUUGUACCGGUUGAAUCAUUUCGAUUGCACGAUGAACUCGAUUGACAGUGUUCCUGCGGAAAUUCAGGGCUGGCGUGAUAUAUCGAUAAUAAAUUUUUCCUCAAAUGAGAUUCUCCAAUUACCCGACUCGCUCUGUUAUUUACGUACAAUAGUAACAUUAAAAAUAGACGAUAAUCAAUUAAAUUCACUGCCAGACGACAUUGGACAGAUGUCGAGCUUGGAGGAGUUGAUAGUUACGAAAAACUUUCUCGAGUAUUUACCAUCUUCGAUAGGGCUGCUCCGUAAAUUGCACUGUUUAAAUGCUGAUAAUAAUUAUCUACGUUCGAUACCACCGGAGAUCGGCAGCUGCAGUGCGUUAUCACUUCUUUCGCUCAGGUCUAACAAUAUAACAAGUGUGCCACCGGAAAUCGGACAUUUAUCCUCCCUCUGUGUCCUUAAUCUCGUAAAUAAUUGCAUACAGUUUCUACCAGUCUCAAUGCUUAAUUUAAAUAAUUUAAAGGCGCUUUGGCUGAGCGACAACCAGAGCCAACCGCUGGUACCUCUACAACAGGAGUUUAAUCACGAGGAAGACAUGAUGGUACUCAGUUGUUUUAUGCUACCUCAAAAGCAACGGAAGGAUCUUGAACAAAUGGAGCAAGCAGUGGGACCAAUUUCCGGUUCAAUUGUUGGGACUGGAAGAAGAAUAUGUUUUGCCACGGAAUUAGAAACAGAGGUCCCGAGACAAUUACAUCGUGCACCUACCCCGUAUCCUAAAGAGCUCCGUAAUUUAGCCCGCCAUGCGCGUAAUCUUCAUCACCAGUCUAUACAUGAUCAAAGAAUUCAUAUGGAACGAGAGGGUAUGAUAAAAGAAGCUGUUGUUGCUAAAGCAACGCCCAUGAUUAACACUUCUAUUAAUUAUAAUUCAUACCACGAGAACUUGUAUCUAAUGUCAAGAGAUGAAAUGAACUCAAAACAAAAUCAAGUGGUGGACGGUCCAAGUCCAGAUUACUCCGAAGAAAGUCGUCCAGUGCUGGCAUUGGAAAAGUCAUCUCUUGAAAUACGAGAAGCCAAGUGCAUACGAAACUCCCAAACAAACGAGAGUUUAUCACGACCGCCUACGAUCGCGGACUACGUCAGCUCAACUUGGAAACCCGAGGAGUACUCAAGGACAAAUACGGCUAAAAUCGUCGAGUCUGAAAAGUUAGCAGAGUCUUACAAGAGUCCCAACGACAGCAACGGGGUCGAGUCUUUGGGAAAUAGUAAACCGGGUAGUGAAGUUCCAUUGGCACCACCCCCUUAUCACAUCGCUGCGGCGUUCUCCAAGCAGGCUGCCUUUUUUCAGCAAUUGAAUCGACUCAAUGCUGACACCGAUGCCAGAGGAAUCGGAGGAGGUCAAAGAAGAGGAGGAGGAGGAGGAGCAGCAGGAGAAGGAAUUGAAGAUUGUGGUAGAGGAGGAUUAAUUCCGUACCAUAAUGACAAUCAUUUAUCGAGUUCAUUUAGAAGUAAGGAGAACCGUUUGAUAAAUAUUAACAGCACCAGCAGUAACAGCAGCAGAAAUAGCAAUAGCAAUAUAAGUAAUACUGAUGACGUUGUUGACGGUAAUAACUGCGGCGGGAGUAUUGUUAACACCUCGUCGGUUAUUAAUGUUAAUAAUAAUAAUAAUAAUAAUAAUAAUAAUAAUAAUAAUAAUAAUAGCAAUAGUAAUAGUAAUAGUAAUAACGAUCAAGAUAACCGUAAUUUUAUAUUUCGCGAAGAUAAACCCAGUAGGAUACCAAUAAUGCGUAGUAUUAAAAAUCCCGAGUGUUCUAUUUCGUUGUCUGACAAUGAUUCUGUUUCGAUAAACGAGAGAAAUGUUUAUUCAAGUCAAGAUGACUACGACAGAUACCAGCUCUCCUGUUCUCGGGAUAAGAGUCACAGUGACAUAAAUAACUGCACCCCGACGUCACCUAUUACGGGUAGAAAAUAUCGCAGCCCAUUGUCCUCUGCUCACAAUCAGCUAAGACAUUCAGAUCGUUCUUGGAGAUUAAAUGGCAAUAAAGAUGAAAUAUCAUCACCCUCGCCACCAGUCAUACCGAUGUCUAUGCCGAUGGUUCACCAAAAUGAUGGCUCAACAAACCAUCCUUACACACCCUCACUUUCACUUGAUAAUUCUAUUGAAUUUCACAGUGAUAAAAAUAACUCAGGUCGUAGUACUCCUGUAUCUAUUUCUCUAUCUAAUAAUAUUAAUUGUUCAUUGAGUAAUAGUGGCUCUGAUAUUUAUAAAUCAAAAUCCAAAAUUAAGUGGAUGUUUGGUCAGCAUAAAAAUGUUAAUGUGAUACCAGUAAAGGUUAGAAAAAAUCCCGGGCUUGGUUUCAGCAUCGCUGGCGGUAUAGCAGGAAAUCAAACUGGAAUAAUAGUUACGAAAGUAAAUCCAGACGGACCAGCCCAAGGGACGCUCCGUCCCGGUGAUAAAAUCUUACAAGUUGACGGAAUUGAUUUUUCAAACUCAGAUCACGAUCGUGCGGUUGCUAUUUUAAGGUCAACUGGCGAAAUUGUUACAAUGAUGAUCAGUCGGCAUCAAUGA